GGUUCAUCGGGGAGUUAUCCCUCUUGACGUCACUAGGGGGCGCCCGUGUUUUAGUUGGUAUAACGUAAACGUAAACAAUAUGGCGUAUGACGGCUGGAAAGUUGAGCGGCUGAAGUUGGAAUUAGCGAAGCGUGGUGCAGUAUUGCGGGGGAGGAAAGCAGAUUUGAUUGAAAGGUUAGAGGCAUACGACAGGAACCACAACUUCAGGGACAAUGUUGCGUUUUUACCAAGACCUCCUGCGUUGCCUAAUUGGCCAGUAGGGAUAUUCGGGUUUCGGCAGUUGACACUUGACCACAAAAAUCAAUUGCCAACUCUUGGAAUGGCACAGGUAGAAGGUUAUUUUCUGUAUAGAAUGGCAGCAGACAACCAAUGCCAGUCAGACAUUCAGGCUAUUUCCAAAGGGAGCUUGCUAAUGGAAUCAGGAAGGGUUGAGGCAUGCAGCUUCAAAGCAAAUGGACAUGAUGUGUUUCUGACCGGAACAGUUGCAGCGGCAAUGAAGAAAAAAGUUCACCAGUAAAGGCUGAAGAUAUUGAAUCCAACUUCGACAUUAACAUGGAUGAUCCAAGACCUGAGAGGUUCAGAGGCAAUAAUGGAUACAACUCAUUUGUAAGGAGCCAAGUGAUCAACUAUUGUGCAGUAUCAUCCAAGGACCUUGCAUUUAGAUAUCUUAUGCCGAAGGCAAAUAUACAAGUGGCAGCAAGAGACCAUGACUACACUACACUACCAAUGACAGAACAUUGGGUUGAUACCGGAACUAAGGUGUCAUCUAUGGAAGAAGUCCUGGAGAUUGAAGAAACUACAAAGAAGCAAAGUGUGUGCAAGAAAUGGCACCAGGAGAGAAGAUGGCGUUUGACAUCCUCCAGAUUUGGCGAGAUUUGUAAGGCAACAGACCGUAGAAAUAAGGAAAAACUGUGCCAGUCUAUCUUCAGGCCUGCCAGACUCACUUCACCAGCCAUCAUCCAUGGACAAACUUUUGAGAGGGCUGCUAUUAAAAAAUUUGAAGAAAUUAAUGGUAUAACAGUCAACUUGUGUGGUUUGAGAGUGGACAUUGAUAACAACUUCCUUGCUGCCUCACCAGAUGGCAUAACAAGUCAGGGUGACAUUGUAGAGAUCAAGUGUCCAUAUAAAGGUAGAAAUAAUGCAAUUUCUGUAAAUAGCAACUUUCCUUUUUUAGGAAAAGAUGAAAAUGGAGACAUGCAUCUUAAGCAAAAUCACAA